UCCGCGGGAGGCGUGCUCGACCUUCGUGGACUCUUUGCUCGUUCCGCCACUGUACACGCUGCUCUAAUCCCAUUUUCUCCAUCUCACCUUGCUCGCUUGCUUAUUCAUUGACUCGCGUUACUUCAAUUUGCGCUGGUAGGUAAGCACACUCAUUGUUUCGCUUUUUUCACUUUCUCUUGGCCAUUGGCUUCUCUUUCGAGGUUCUAUUUUGAAUUUUUCGGCUUAUUUUCAACGUACGAGGCUGAUCAUCGGAAUAUCAUUGUACUCUGCUAUCGAUUUCACAUGAAGUUGACACUGGAAAAUGUCAUCAAAAGGCAUACUGAGCAUCACUGAAGUAAAUGCUCUACCAGUUGAAAAUUUUGAAUGGCUGUUUGGCAACGUGGUUGAACUAUGUCCCGAAGCUGCGUCCAGUGCAGCUAAAAAACGACCAUUCCUUUCGACUGAGGAUCUUAAGAGAGCAUUUGACGAGUAUUUGGAUAAACUGGACAACUCUGAAAAAGAAUUAGUUUUGUUGAGACACCCAGACUUUUCUAGUAAAUUAUCGGAAGAAGAUAAAUUGACCACGGAAUCGCAGAGUGAAUUAAAAUUCGUGGACUUAAAUGCCAUUACGAAAGAUGAUAAACAAACGCUAUGGAACAAUAAUUAUUUAUACACAGAAAAAUUUAGGUUCCCAUUUGUUAUUUGUGCGAGAAAAAACAAUAUCGAAUCUAUAGUUUCUCGACUGGAAUCGCGAUUGAGUAAUUGUAGAGAUACUGAAUUGAAACUUAGUAUAGAAGAAGUUAAGAAAAUCAGUCGAAUGAGAAUAGACGAUUUGGUGUGGCCUGACUUGUAAUGGAUAACGUUAUUG